GUUAGUCUUUUGGCAUCCCCGCGCCACCUUGCGUCACUCUCGGGGCACAUUCAUUCAUCACUUUUCUUUCAAGCAACGAGCCUCCGUCCAGGGUCCAGCUGUCCCAUACACUGUAUAAAAGAAUAAAUUAAUAUGAACCAUUUUGAAGCAAUUGACAAGCUGUUGAACUCUAUACUGGAUAGCCUUUUUGGAGAAAGAGAUACUCGUGUGAGAGGAUGGCUCCUGUUGGAUUCCUACACCCCAACCUUCUUCCUCACCAUUACCUACCUCUUAUUAAUCUAUAUGGGCACAAUAUACAUGAGAAACAGACCAGCAUAUUCACUGAAAAAUGUCUUACAGCUGUAUAACUUCUCUCUCACCUUGUUGUCUUUCUACAUGCUGGUUGAGCUGAUAUCAGCAGUCUGGUCUGCAGGUUAUCGUCUGCAGUGUCAGGGACUGCAUGAAGCUGGUGACGCAGACAUUAGGGUUGCAAAAGUCCUCUGGUGGUAUUAUUUCUCUAAGCUGAUUGAGUUCCUGGACACCAUCUUCAUUGUGCUGAGGAAGAAAAACAGCCAAAUCAGUUUCCUGCAUGUGUAUCAUCAUGCCUCAAUGUUUAACAUCUGGUGGUGUGUCCUCAACUGGAUACCCUGUGGACAAAGUUUCUUUGGGCCGACGCUGAACAGUUUCAUCCACAUUCUCAUGUAUUCUUACUAUGGUCUGUCCACCAUUCCAUCCAUGCAUAAAUAUCUGUGGUGGAAACGCUAUCUCACCCAGGCUCAGCUGGUUCAGUUUGUAUUGACUAUAACACAUACAGUAAGCGCAUGGGUCGUUCCUUGUGGUUUUCCUCUAGGCUGUCUGAAAUUUCAGACCUUCUACAUGGUCACACUUGUUAUCCUCUUUGUCAACUUUUACAUGCAGACAUAUAGAAAGAAGAGGCUGGGGGCUGACCGAACGGCAAAGGUUGUAGGAGAUCAUAAGAACAAUUAUUCAAAUGGCCUUUCAUCUCUAAAUGGAGCCAACUUUAAACAGAAGGCACAGUGAUGAUUAAAUCCAGUUGUCAAACAGUAGUGUAAUAGCAGCGAUAAUCACCUGCAAUUAAAGUACUGUUUUUAAUUAGACAAGUACUUUUUAGCUAUUUUUGUAUUUUGUUAUACAUACAUUCCUUUCAAGUCCUGACACUGUGAACUGUGUACGUAAAUGGUGUACAUAGUGCAUUUUAUGUGAAGGCAGUCCAUUAUGGCACAAAACAUGUCUCCAAGGAGCAAAAUGUAUUUUUUAAAAAAAGUACAGUAUCUAUUCUAGAAACUGGAUGCAAGAGAGAUGCAUUUCCAGUUAUUUUUCAACAGAAGACACCUUACAAUAGUUCUACAUAAAAACCACUUGCUGCAGUCAAAUGCGUUAUAAGGAAUUUAAUAAUAGAUCAUAGUACUAAUAAGUCUUAAAUCUUUGCUAGACUUGUUUGAUCAUUUAACAUUCACAAAGUCAUGGAAACCUGGGAAUAUCAGGGAAUUUGAAAUUGUGACUUUCAGGCCUAGAAAAGAAAGACAAUAUUGGAAAGUAAAGAAAUUUCUAAAUAUACAUACAUAUACAGUUGCUUUCAAAAAAAUAGCAGUGCAACAUCAGUUACCUAAUAAACCACUUUUAUUAGUAAUAUUUCUGCAUUGCAAAUUAUUUACUUAUAGAUGUAGUAGUGUAAUAGACAAACAAUAUACCUAUUGGUUAAUGAUAUCCACAGUAAUUCUGAGAAAUUGCCUCCUUUUUGAAAGGGGCGUGAUCAAAAUAAUAUCAGUGUGUAGUUUAAUUAGAAAAUUCCGUAAAACAUUGUGUUAAAACAAAUCCUUUUCGGCCUUUAUUGGGAAAGAGGGGAAGCAAAUCACACAUUGUUGUAAAAUAUAUCUGCUGCUAAAUUUUGCUUAAAUAAAAUGGGCCAUUCCAAACAGAGGAACAUUGUAAUUUGAUUAAAAAGUUGAUUUGAGGGGGGAAAACGUAUAAAGAAAUGCAGCAAAGUUUAAGAUGCUCCGCUAAAAUGACCUCAAAUGCUUUAAAAUGGCAAUAAAAACCUGAAACAGUUGGAAGCAAGCAAGCAACUACUGUAAAAACAGAUCUAAGAAUAGUCAGGAUGGCAAAGAUUCAGCCAUUCAUCACUUCUAGAAAGAUUAAAGAUAAUCUAAAAUGUGACCGUCAAAAGACACCUGAUUGAUGUUAAGCUGUUUGCAAGAGGCCCCCAUAGAACACUACUUUAAAAAAAGGCAUGAGCAGAAUAACAUUAAAACAUCAACUGGCCCAAAUAAAAAUGACGUAACAUUUUGAACAAAAUCCGGUCUAGUGGUUAUCAACAGUAUCUGAGGCGACCCCCGGCACUGUAAAGACAGUUAAGCAUGGUGUUGCAACAAUCAUGGUGUGGAGAUGUUUUUCAUGCUAUGCGUGUUGGGCCUAUUUAUUGUAUACAAGGGAACAUGGAUCAGUUUGAAUACAUCAGAAUACUUGAAGAGAUUACUUACCCUUUGCCGAAGAGAAAACAUCCCUAAAAUGGGUGUUUAAACAAGACAUCAACCCCUAAAACACAUGCAAGUGGGCAAAAUCUUGGUUCUAGACAAAAAGGUCUGAGGCAAUGGGUUGAGAUCAGAGGACUGAGCUGGCCACUCCAUUGAUUUUUGGCUGAAUUAACUGUUUCUAGGUGCUAUUGGUUGGUUGACUCGAUUUGAAACAGAUGCGCAGCAGUUAUCAACAACAAAGGUUAAGUUUCUAAAGAGGAAAAUGUUGACACAGCUAUUUUUAACAGAUUAAUAUUCAUUUUCUUUGCUUCCCUUUAAAAAAAUUUAUAGUUAAUCCUUUGAUUUGUAAUUGAAUGUGUAAUGUUUGCAAUACAUUUUUAAUAAGGAAAUAUAAUUAUUUGUAACAUUUUAGCACUUUAUUAGUACACUGCUAUAUUUUGAACAACUUGUUCUUUGAAUGCAAGCUCUUUACAGUAUAUACAAGUUGUAGCCAGUGAAAUAAUUUGGAGUGUGUGUUUGUGUGUGAGAGAGAAUUAUUUCACUGGCUAGAAAUUGUUCUUUCUCUGAAUACAAGCUCUGUACAGUUUUUUUCCUCAUCCAGUAGUCACAGAAAACUGAGUCAUGGAAACCCAUGUAGCACUGUCUAAAAAUCUUUUUGUCUUUCAAAGCUGUGAGUUUUAUUAAAACACUAUCACUCCCUUGUUUUUGACAUAAACAGUGAUAUGUAAAUGUGCAAACCUGUAUGUUAAUUUGAAAUUGUUUUGGAGGUUGUGAAUUUCAUAAUUGUUCAUUAAAUGAGAAAUAUUGAACAAUGAAUGUUUCCAUAACAACAAAUCUAAAUAAAGCACUUAAAAAUAGUACCCAGUAAA